AUGGAUAUAGGAAAUUUUGUUCCUCAACACUUGAAGGAGUACUAUGAAAUAGCUAAUCGUAAUGAUGCUGACCCAAACAGUUCUCUUGAUACUAGAAAGCCCUACAAAUCUGUAAGUGAAAAGUCCUCUGGGGCCAAAAUUGUAAAAUGUAACAAAAGAGGUACCCAACAAUUCAACUUCUCAAGAAAUUUCCAUCCUCUAAAGGAUAUAACUAAGAAUGAAGCAAAUAAGAAGCAACCGUUUGAAUCUUAUCAGCCCAAAGAGAAAAUAAUUCAUGAUGAAAUCAACGAAAAUGCUAACCUCAACUCUAGUAAUCGGAGUCCACUUAAAAGGUUUAAUUUCACAGCAGAUAUAUCUCAGAAAUUAAGUUCAAGAUCUUUAGCUAACAGGAAUCAAACUUGUAAAGCUGCUAAGAAGCUGUUUAGUUUUACUCAGAAGCAUGUCAAUGAGUCUCUAAAGUUAUCAGAGAAAUCUUUUGACAGUAGUCUUCACAAUUAUCAAAACAGUGAUUUUAAUUACAACUAUCAGAACCAAAAAUGAGAUACUUUCAAUUUCGAGACAGAAGAAGAUGCUUCUCCAGAUUUAGAAAUAUCCAAGCUAAACCAGAGGUUAAAUCAAGCAGAAAUUGGAUACUUAAAAUGGAAGAAAUGAGCAGAAAAGCAGAACAAAAGUAUAAUAUCUUAUGAAAAGAAGGUGGCAGAACUUCAUAAAGAACUUAAGAAAGCUUCUAAGAAAAUCAACAAAUACAAACAGCUCAAAGAGCACUCAGAUCAAGAGUUGAAGAAGCUUAAGGAAUCACAGCAGGAAACUCUGGCAGCCCAUACAUCUAAAAUGAAGCAAAUGUUCCUAAAAGAGUAUGAAGAACUGAUGACUGAGAAGACGAAUAUGUUCACAUCUUCUCAAAGUUCUUCCAAGAAUAAGCUUGAAGAUGAAAUUAGUGAACUCACCGGCAAACUCACUAAUUCAAACCUUGAAUGAAGGAAACUUAAGUCUCAGAUAAAAGAGCUUACUGAGAAACUAAAGGAAAAAGAACAAGAGAUAGACCAUAAGGAUAAAAAGAUUAAAGAUAUCGAAGUACUUGAGUCUAGAGCUUUUGUCAACCCAAUCCUUAAAGAAGGCUUGAUGAAUAUGGAGAAAUGUAACAAAAUCAGCUCUAAUUUAUUGACACAAUACAAAGAGCAUAUAAUAAAGCUGAACACCCAGAAUGCGACACUUAAUAAAAAGGUGAAAACUCUCACUGGAAUUGAGGAGAAAUAUGAAGACAUAAAGCAACAGAAUGAGAUUUAUGAAAAAGAACUAAAAGAACUUGAAGAUACUGUCAAAAUGAUAGAAGGUCAAGUUGACAGACAAGUCUGAAUAAAAGUUCAAACAGAAUGAGAAGCCUUGUGAAAAGAAACAGCCCAAUUGAUAGAUUGACUCUAUAUGGUUCUAGAAGGACAAGAGCCAAAUAUUGAUAUUCUUCUCGGAUUCAAGCCCAAAUGUGAUCUGGUAGAAAAGGAGAUGGAUGAAACCUACCAAGAUAUCCGUAAGGUAAGAAGGAAAGUCAAUGAAAUCAGGAAUACAUUAUGCGACCAUUACGCUACUAAAUAUUCUUCUGAGUGCAACAUCCAGUAAAUUAAAUCAAUA